AAACAGAAACUACCUUCCCCCCCUCAGAGUCCCGAACAUGGCUGAAGCUUCCUAUCUUUCUCUCUCUAAAACUCUCUCUCUCUAAAACUCAAAGCUUUAAAAAAAAAAAAAAAAAAAAAAAAAAAGAAGGAAUAAUAUCUGAAACGCUUGCUUUUUUUUUUUUUUUUUGUGUGUGUUGGUAUUGAUCUUUGGUUAUGUGUUGCUUAUGAUUGAAGCAUUGAAUCGAGUGUGAUCUGAAAGCGUGCGUGAAAUGUGCGUUCCGAGAAGGAUUGGAAACCCUAGAAGACUUAGAGAGAGUUUCUUCGUCUACGCCUCUCAUCGAUGAAGCACUUUCGUCGAUGCGUGAGGAGUUUCCUCCUCCUUCUGCUCUGUGUUUCCGUCUUAAUUCCAAUCAUUUUCGUCACCAUCAAGCUCAAGCACCUAUCUCCCAUCGGACAGAAAGAAUUUGUUGAGGAUUUAUCUGCUAUUAAAUAUAGGACUGAUGCUGCUUUGAGACAUAAUGCGAUCAAGCAGGAAGCUCGCGAAGACUUGAAAGGGCCGAAACAAGUUAUUUAUGAAGAUAGGGUAGUUAAUUAUAGUGCUAAUGAGGAUAGCGAGACUGAGGAAUCUGAAAAUGACGGAGACAUCACUGACCUUUUGGAGAGAAAUGAAACUAAUCAUGAAAGAGAAGAAGCUCAGCAGUUUCACCAAAGAGAAAUAUCAUCAAUGGCUGGGGAGAAGGAGCAAUCUCAUCAAACAACAGUUGAACGUGAUCAUAAUGCACACUCUCAGUAUAGGAGAAUGAUUGAUAAGAAGAUUAAAGAGGUGAAAGAUGGGCAUUCUAAUCAAACAAGAGUCUGGCCUGAUCAUAGUUUACGCUCCCAAUCGUAUAAAGUGACAGACGUGAAUAUUACAAAGAUGAAAGAUCUAAUGAUUAGAGCCAAAGUAUACUUGAACUUUGCACCACCAGACAGCAAGUCCCGUUUAGUGAAAGAUUUGAAACAGCGGAUCAGAGAGGUGGGACGAGCACUUAGUCAAGCCACCAAGGAUUCACGUUUGUCUGAAAGUUCUGUGCAGAAACUGGAAAAGAUGGAGGCUACAUUGUCUAAAGCUAGCCUUGUCUACCCAGACUGUUCUGCUAUGGUCAGUAAGCUUCGAGCUAUGACACAAAAUACUGAAGAGCUUGUACGGGCACAGAAAAAUCAAGCAACAUAUCUUGUUCGCCUUGCCGGAAGGACCACUCCCAAGGGCCUUCACUGCCUUUCUAUGCAGCUGACUGCUGAAUACUUCGCCCUGCAGCCUGAGGAGAGACAGCUCCCUAACCAACAAAAGUUGCAAGAUGCAGAGCUGUAUCAUUAUGCUGUCUUCUCUGACAAUGUUCUGGCUUGUGCAGUUGUUGUGAACUCCACCAUCUCUGCUGCCAUGGAGUCAGAGAAAAUUGUUUUUCAUGUGGUCGCUGAUUCUCUUAAUUUUCCAGCAAUCUCAAUGUGGUUCUUAUUGAAUCCCCCUGGCAAAGCCACCAUCCAGAUCCAGAGCAUAGACGAUUUUGAAUGGUUGUCCACAAAGUAUAAUAUAACAUUGAAGAAGCAAAGUUCCAGUGACCCAAGAUAUGGCUCUGAACUGAACCACCUUCGUUUCUAUCUGCCAGAUGUCUUUCCCGCGCUGGAUAAGAUUGUGCUUUUAGACCAUGAUGUGGUGGUGCAAGGGGAUCUAACAGAGCUAUGGAGUGUUAAUAUGAAGGGGAAAGUAAAUGGUGCAGUUGAGACUUGUAAUGAAAGUGAAGCCUUGUUGCGUCGGAUGGAUAUGCUCAUCAACUUCUCAGACCCUCUUGUUGCAAAGAGUUUCAAUGUCAAUGCAUGUACUUGGGCAUUUGGGAUGAAUUUGUUUGAUCUACAAGAGUGGAGACGAAAAAAUUUAAAUUCUGUCUACCAUAAGUACUUGCAAUUGGGUAAUGAGAGGUCAUUGUGGCAGGCUGGGAGUCUGCCCUUAGGUUGGAUUACCUUCUAUAACCAGACAAUGGCUUUGGACAGGCGAUGGCAUGUCCUAGGGCUUGGUUAUGACUCAGCUGUUAGACGAGCUGACAUUGAACAGGCAGCAGUGAUACACUACGAUGGAGUUACGAAGCCAUGGUUGGAUAUUGCAAUUCGGAGGUACAAGGGCUAUUGGACCAAAUAUGUCAAGUAUGACCACCCUUACUUGCAACAGUGCAAUAUCCAAGAGUAGGGGAAAUAAUGCUCGACUCAGUGGUAUAAACUGACAGAUGCAGAUGCCACCCAAUUGCUUCUUGUUCUUGGAUCUGCAUGUGUUCACUUGAUUCUUUCUCUUUAGCGAUUCUUCAUGUAAAGUCCAACUCAUUUUUUGCCAAAAUUUGCCGGCCGCAAGCUUCUAGGAGUUUUUUGAGUCAAUUUAUAGCAAUAUUCUGAAGUGAAAUAAGAGUCCCUGGGGGAUUUUGUAAUGGUGGUUAGUUCUUGCAUGUACAUAACUCAAUUGAGAUACUUCACUUGAUUUCAAACACCUUACACUUCCAAAUUCCAAUAGACACUUACUUUGCUCC